AACAGUAACGCUUGCAACCUUUGAUUGUGUGUCUACUUGUUUUGAAAAGGAAUCGAAAAUAGUUCCAGAUGAUAUAUUACUUUUCAUUUAUAUAAUAUCUUACCAUGUGCUGCAUAUGUGUAACUGCAGCAGGAUUUAUUCUACUGAUCACUUAGGUGCAUAUUUUGUAAACUACUUCCAUAAACAUUCUACAAAGAAUUGCUAGAUAACAAUGGGUGAUCGUAAAAGAAAUAAGAGAGAUCAGGGACCUCCUCCAAGGUGGUUACAUUGUCCAAGAAAAGGAUCUCUUAUUGCUGAUAAAUUCAUUCCUUUCAAAACUCCAUUGGAUGAAAGGUAUGACUCCCAGGUUCCUGAAGAAUGCACAUUUACACCAUCAAUGUUUAUUGCCUCCUUGUCUAGCUAUAAGUUAAAGCUUGGUUUGUGGAUUGAUUUAACGAAUACGACUCGAUUUUAUAAUAAGAAUGAAAUUGAAGAUCAUGGAAUAAAGUAUGUCAAACUCCAGUGUCGAGGACAUGGUGAAUGUCCUUCUGUUGAACAGACAACCUUUUUUAUUGAGAUCUGCCAAAGGUUCAUUUCUCGGAAUCCUCUAGAAGUUAUUGGUGUCCAUUGUACUCAUGGUUUCAAUCGCACAGGUUUCCUCAUAAUUGCAUAUUUAAUUGAAAGUCUGUCAUGGAGUGUUGAUGCUGCUGUGCGUUGUUUUAGUCUAGCCCGUCCACCAGGAAUAUACAAAGAGGAUUAUAUUGAAGAGUUAUUUAGAAGGUAUGAUGACAUAAAUGGUGUGAUGCCUGCUCCUCCUCUUCCAGACUGGUGCAAUGAGCCUGAAGAUGUAGAUGAUGAUGGCAAAACUCUGAAUGAAGCAGAAAAAGAUAAAUCAAAUUACAGGCCUCCUUUGAAGAAACGAAAAGAGUUUCAUAAAAAGAAUCCUGUUUUUAUGGAAGGUGUACCUGGUGUAACACCUGUUACUGACCACAGCCUUUUAAAUUCAAUUCAACAAAAAUGUCAGCACAUGUGUGGUUGGAAAAAUUCUGGAUUUCCUGGUUCUCAGCCUGUGUCCAUGCAUAUCCGUAAUCUAAAAUUAUUACACGAGAAACCAUACAAAGUGAGCUGGAAGGCGGAUGGUACAAGGUACAUGAUGCUUAUAGAUAAGGAAGAUAAGAUCUAUUUCAUUGAUCGGGAUAACUGUGUCUUUAAAGUAGAUGGUUUAUGGUUUCCCCGUAGGAAAGAACCUGACAAGCACUUGUUUAAUACACUUUUAGAUGGGGAAAUGAUAAUUGAUAAAGUUGAUGGGCAUGAUGUUCCAAGAUACCUUGCAUAUGACAUUGUGAAGUUCGAGGGUAUUGAUGUUGGGAAAACAGACUUUGAUCGACGAUUGCUGUGCAUUAAUAAAGAGAUCAUCUAUCCACGCAGGCAAGCAAUGACUGAAGGAAGAAUUGAUCGUAUGAAAGAACCUUUCAGCGUGAGAGCAAAAGAUUUCUGGGAUAUUACCUCAGCAAGACAGAUUCUAGGAGAGAAAUUUAAAAAAGAUAUGUCUCAUGAAGUUGAUGGUCUGAUUUUUCAACCUGUGCCUGAUCCUUAUAUUUGUGGACGUUGCAAAGAUGUACUUAAGUGGAAACCAGCUAACUUAAACUCAGUGGAUUUUAAACUUGUGAUACAGCAAGAAAGAGGUGAAGGGCUUCUUCCUACUAAAGUUGGUUUACUGUAUGUUGGUGGUUACAGUGAACCUUUUGCUAAAAUCAAGGUUACAAAAGCUAUAAAAAACUUAGACAAGAAAAUUAUUGAAUGUAAAUUUGAAAACAACCAAUGGGUGUUCAUGAGAGAAAGGACUGAUAAAUCUUUUCCUAAUGCACGUAAAACAGCAAUGGGUGUUUGGGAAAGCAUCCGGAAUCCUGUUACUACAGAAAUGCUUUUUCAACAGAUCGAUUGUUUUCGGUGGCGUCCUCCAAAAAAGCCAUAAUCACAAAUAUCUAUACUCAUGGUUCUAAUUUUCGCCAUAAAUGUCACCAAAUUUUGCCAAAGUGCUAGUGGUGACCCCUUUAACCAGAAAGUACCAACAAUUUUUAUAUAAAGAGAAACACACCAAAAUAAAACAUAAAAUCAAAGCAAUAGCCUUGUGUUUGGCAUAGAUUUUUAGUCAAGACUCUUAUCAGUUUCAAAGGCAAACAGGUCCAAUCUGUAGAGAUCUGCUAAUACAUUCACAAUAUUCAGCCAUGUAUUUUCAAAUAUAUAUAAGAUAUUAGAUGAAAUUUUAUUAUUUUUAAAUAAAAAGACAUGUUGGACAUAUAGAAGCAUUCAGUAUAGGAGUGUGUUCUGUGACAUUCACAAAGAGAAUGAUUCAGCUUUAUGGUUACUUUUGAAAAUAAUAUUUUUAGUUUUUCAUGAUGAAUUAUUUCUUAUAAUUAUGUUUGUAAUGUGUAUAGUCACUGAGUGAACAACUGUAACUUUUAGUUCAAGGUUCUGCUUCCACAGUCUAAAGCAAAGAGAAAUUUUGAACUGUUCACAAAAUCAAUCAUGAGAUUGAAAAAUCAAAGUAUCUCUUUUAGAGAUUAGAUUGGGAAGUACAUGUAUAUUUGUACAUAUAUGUACAUAACAUACACAAUCAUACUAUGUAAGUUUCAGUUUAAUGCAAAUAUUGUUACUUUCAAAACAUUGUAUCAGAAUUUUUCUCUCAUAUUCUCAGCUCUAAAAUUUUUAUUUAUGUUUUUUAUUAUAAUAAAAUAAAUAAAAUUGUAAAUAAAAUUUUGAGAUGUGUGAAUAUAGUAGGAUAAAAAAUCAAAUGGAAGAUUUAGCAGGUAUAUAUUUUUUCUGGUGUUGCUAAUUUAAGCCUAUGAAUAUGAUUGUGAUUUAGGAAAUUUUUAAUUUAUGCUGAUUUUAAAAUUUUCCAUUAUUUAUUUUUCAUCUUUAUUUUGGCCUGUAUUCUUUAAAAUAAUUUUAUGAAACUAGUGGGAAAAUGAUUCACAUUUUGUUCUUUUAAUGUGUUUCAAAAACAUAUUAAAUGUCAGCAACCAGAUGCUAUUAGCUAUGUUCACUUAUAGUGGAUAUUAAUUAGUAUAUACUGAAAAAGAUCAUUUUUCAUGUAAGUUGUUUUUGAUCAAGUGUUUUAAAUAAAAUAUAUCUUCAUAUGCCUC